ACUUGAAAGCGCCCAUCUUUUCAUGUCCAUUGACAUUGAUAGUUGAUAUGUCACUUGGCUUCUCCAUCUUCUCUUUAAUUUGACCCUUCUCUUCUCUCUCUCUCUCUCUCUCUCUCCCUUUUUUUUUUUCUUUUCUUUCUUCUUCUCUCUCUUCCCAUCCUUGUCAGUCAAGAAGGCUAUUAUAUGCAUUCAAAGAAACUAUACAUAUACUCAAGAAUUUUACACAGACAACACACAGUAGACACACUCUACAAGAGAAAUUCAGGAAAAAAUAAAAUAAAAAUGGGGUCUUUAGGAGAAGUUGUUGCAAGAAACAAGGCAAUGUGGUUGUGUCCUAAGAUGAUGGGCUCUAACCCUUCUGAGAGAUGGGGGCAUUCUGCCUGCUACUUCAAUGGUUUGCUUUACAUAUUUGGUAACGAAACUGCAGUCGACCGAUCAUUUGAUUUAUUGUCGCAGGGGUGUCGUGGGGGUGUGCAUUUCAGUGACGUGCUCGUGUGUAAUCUCGCUACGAUGACUUGGAGCAUUCUCAAGACUUCGGGGCCGGGGCCGGGUCCUCGAGACAGCCACACUGCCGUUCUUGUUGGGCACCGGAUGCUAGUGUUUGGAGGUACUAAUGGUUCCAAGAAGGUGAAUGAUCUUCACGUACUGGAUCUCGUUUCUCGGGAGUGGAUGCGUCCUGAAUGCCGUGGGAAUCCGCCUUCAGCUCGCGAAAGUCACACGGCUAAUGUUGUUGGUGACGAGAAGUUAGUGGUGUUUGGGGGAAGUGGAGAAGGGGAGGCGAAUUAUUUGAACGAUUUGCAUAUUUUGGACCUGAAAAAUAUGGAGUGGUCUUCCCCUGAGGUGAGCGGAAACGUGCCUGCUCCUCGUGAUAGUCAUAGCUCUGUGGCUGUUGGGAACCGGCUUUUCGUGUUUGGCGGGGACUCUGGCGAUAGGUACCAAGGUGAUGUUAGUGUGCUCGACUUGAAUAAGCUGAUUUGGUCGAGGCUGGAUGUUUGUGGACCAUCACCCGAUGCCCGUGCUGGCCAUGCUGCUGUGAGUGUAGGCACUAAGGUCUAUAUGCUUGGCGGAGUCGGUGACAAGCAAUACUACAGCGAUAUUUGGGUUCUCGAUGUCAUAACGUCUUCCUGGGAUCAGCUCGAUCUGUGCUCGCAAAAAUCUCAAGGACGGUUUUCUCAUACAGCCACUGUCACGACCAUGGGCAUAGCCAUCUUCGGAGGGUGCGGAGAGGAUGAACGUCCUCUCAACGAGCUACUCAUCUUACCGAUUGAUUCACUCACAUGCAGAGCUUUCGGAAACACGCACAAAGAUGAAACGAAAAUGUUUUUCAAUAAAACAGAGAAUAAUAAUCGGACCACAAUACUUAUAGGUGAUGCUGAAGAUCUAACAUCAGUAGACGUCGAAGAGCUUGAAUCUGUUCCCAAGCAGCUCUGUUUUAGCUCCGACAUGUUGCAUCCUAAGAGGAGAAGGACUAGUAAUUCAAAUGUGCCCGAACAGAAAUCUGAGCCCAAAGAGCAAUCUCGUUCUCAGUCGCAGCAAUCAUCUCCGUCCCAAUCUGAGCAUGAACCAACUCAUGUGAAGAAAAGCAUCAGCUGCUCUUACCCGUCGUCUAGAGUUCAUCCGCUGUUUAGGCAGAAAAUUUUCAGUCCUACCUGUUAUCGGCUUAAUACCCUUCCUGUAAACCAGACCAACACGAAACACGGUAUUUCCAGGAUGUCCCCUGAUCUAUAUUUAUCUUCCGAGCAUCCUAAUCAGAUACAACACGAACAUGCAAACGUAAUUUGUGCUGAUGCAUGUCGAGCGCAGUGCAAGGCAGCAGAAUCCGUAUCCGUGGGCAGAAAUUUGAUUGGAGCUGAAGUUCGCGGCCAAGUUGACGGGGCAUUUGAUUCUGGCUACCUAAUGACCGCCACUGUUAAUGGAAAGGUCUUUAGGGGCGUGUUAUUUGCUCCAGUAAGCUCCUGUACUGUAGUACAGAACUCCCUGACCCCCACCCCCCACCCCCAAAUUAUUAAAGUUCCUAAACAUGAACUUCUUGUUAAUUUUGAUACCAAGGGACCUGAUGUCGUGUCGGGAGGUGCCGUUCUUGGCCAACAACCAUCACUAUUCGCUCACCAGAUUGCUGUUAAUCAUGCAAAUUCUGGCCAAAAUGUUGCUUGUCCGAGGCUUCCUCAGCAGCCGGCCAAAAUGCUUGCUCCACCACCCUGUCACAGCUCGGAACAAACUCAAACUGAAUCAAGAAGAUCGUCUCCAGAGAACCGAGCCCUUCUUGCUCUAGGAAAAGAUUCGAGGGUUAAUAGUGAACUUCAAGGUGUGGUCUUAACUUUGGCGAGUCCGGGAACCACUCAUGGCAGGCUGUAGAAAGUAAAGAACGACCUCAUUCCGUUAGAUGUUUUUGUACAUUUUUCGUGUAGAGUUGAAGCAUUUCUCAUGCUUUCCUUCAAGGUUUGCAUGGUCAUGUGGGAUUUUACCAUCCUGAGUUCAUAUUUUAUGACAAAGUUCUUUGAAGGGGACGUGCGCUUCUUUUUCAUUAUGUUAUGUUUCGAUCGAUCCAACAGAAAAUUCGAGUUUAUGAUGAGUUUGAAUUCUUUAAUUGUAGCCUCUUUGGUUCGAAUUCCCACAUUUUGUGGAAUAGAUUGAUUUCUCUUACGAUA